GGUUAGUAUAGAACAUUUCACAGACUGUACAGAGAGUACUCGACCUACCUCAUCUUUUCUACCACGAGGUAGAAAUUUAAAGUGGCACAAAUUAUCUCCUUUUCAGACGCAUUUAUUAGCGUUUUCCUUUUUUUUUUCUCUUAGUGUUGUUUGAAUGCUACGAACUAGCUUAAUAAGGCGGCGUGGAAGUGGUGCUUUUCGAUGCACCCCGCGGUAUCUGCUGUGGUGGGGAUACAAAGAACGUGAUUUGCACCGUUUGGCGCGGCAGCGUCCAUGGUGGGAAACAGCAGCAAUUUUGUUUGGGCUGCUCGUUUUCGUGAAUGUGUCGAGCGCAACCUUCUAUUUCCUCAACCGUUGGUAUCAAACAUGGCGUCCCUCGGGCAACGAACUACGGAUUAAAGAAGCAAUUGAUCAAAAAUUGUUUUCGCGGCCUGAUUUGGCUGUUAUUGCGGUGCGCAUGAUGCUGCAUCAUGCACUCAGCAACGCGCAAACACCCUUCGGCUGCCCAAUUGUGGCACCGGAGGAAUACAAGCUGGAAGCAGAAGAAAUUGUCGAUUUUAUCUGGGAACUCAACAAAGAGCAACCGAAUUACACGUUUCCCGACCUUUGGGCGAUGUUCACCGCCAAAGCUAUGGCACGAUUAGGUGGACCGAAUGUUAUCCCGUAUCGCGGACGUGAAGAUCCACCGGACUUCAUGACGAAGAAAACGUUGCUUGCGUUUCCUCCCGCGUUGAUCAAUGAGAAUGAUAGAGACGUCUUAAACAUGAAACGAGUUUUGUCACGCCAAGGAUUUUCACUGGAGCAACUAGUUGCCUUAAUUGGUUGCGAUCGUUGUAUUGGUUUUCACGACGCUGCACAGUUCCACACGCAGCAAGAGGUGAAGCCUAAGAUGCGACGGCGACCCGGAACUGUCGGCCCGAGCGACGAUGAGUUUCAUUUACCGAAUACGAUUCAGAAGACAACGAUGGAUCCGUACGUUUUUGGUGGGGAAUACUUUGAUCUUCUCUUAGACUACAACUGGCGUCAACCAGGUAAGUUCAGGAAACGCAAAGACGCCGAGUAUCGUUGCAGCGCGAAUGACCGCUCUCGCGAUGUGACGCUGCUGGAUCCCUUUUCUGAGAAAACGCUUGAAUCUAAACGCCGGUGGAUGGCAACUGCCGAUAAAGCGCGAGAAUCAGCUGAGCAAGCAAAGAUGCGCAAUAUCGACGUGGUAGACGGCAAGCAGAGCGCGGAGGGCGGUGGCCGCUUCAAUCGUAGCGGCGAGGCCCAGUUUAUCCCUGGGGCAACCCAAGACAGCUGGAAAGAUGACGGCAACGAUGUGAAAAAGGAAGCGGACCCGUCUGGCGAUCCAGAUUACGAAAUUGAGCACAUUGGGGUUUCUGUUGACCCAUGUGAACAUGUGUCGAUGCGGGGGAUGGACGUGAUGCUCUUGGACGACAGCCUGACGAAAGGCUGGUUGUAUCAGUUUGGUGACAACGAGUUGGAGUUUUACGCCGCUGUUUCUGAAGUCAUUUUGGACAUUCAGAAAAGAGGCCACAACGCUAACAAGCUUGCGAUGUGGAAGUGA